AUGGCUUGUUCUGCAAAGAUAUUUUUCACAGUAAUAUUUCUAGUGUUGAACAUAAAAACAUUAGUUGAAGGGGCACCACAAGUACCAUGCUACUUCAUAUUUGGAGACUCAUUACUUGAUAAUGGCAAUAACAAUGAGCUUAACACAACUGCAAAAGCUAACUACUCACCUUAUGGUGUGGACUUUCGUGAUGGUUGUCCUACAGGCCGAUUCACCAAUGGCCGCAACACGGCUGACAUCUUAGCGGAACUCCUGGGAUUUGAUCACUAUAUUCCCCCUUUUGCAAGUGCAAAAGAUAGUGACAUCUUAGAAGGUGUAAAUUAUGCAUCUGGUUCAGCUGGAAUUCGCAAUGACAGUGGAAGUCAUCUUGGUGAUCGGAUUUACUUGGGCAGACAACUAGAGAAUCAUCAAGCAACAAUUUCUGGUAUUGCUAAUUUACUGGGGAAUACAACUUCAGCUAAAAAACACUUGAAUAAGUGCCUCUUCAUAGUGGGAAUAGGGAGUAAUGACUACAUCAACAACUACUUAUUGCCUGAAAUAUAUCCCUCAAGUCAUUUAUAUACACCAAUCCAAUAUGCAACUGCUUUGAUAGAUCAAUAUUCACAACAUCUGAGGACUUUAUAUGAAGAUGGAGCAAGGAAAGUUGCCCUAUUUGGACUAGGCCAAAUAGGCUGCAUUCCAGCAGAGAUGAAAAAACAUAAUACACGUAUAUGUGUGGGUUCAACAAAUAAUGCAAUUCAACAAUUCAACAGCAAGCUAAAGUCUCUUGUGGAUGAUCUUAAUACAAAUUUUCCAGACGCAAAAUUCACAUAUAUAAACAUGUACAGCAUUUCAUCCAUCAUUGCUCCCCUUAGUGUGUUUAAUCGUCCAUGCUGUAAAGUUUUGGAAACCAUGCCUGAAGGACAAUGUGUUCCUGCAGAAACUCCAUGCUCUCUUAGGGGGAUUUAUCUUUUCUACGAUGAUUUUCAUCCCACGGAGAUUGCCAAUAGAAUCGCGACUAACAGAGCUUAUAAUGCGCUUCUAUCGUCUGAUGCAUAUCCUAUGGAUAUACGUCACUUGGUCAUGAAGAACAAUAUUGUGUAUGACGAGUAA